AUGGACAAACCGGCCAUCUAUAACGCUAUCCUCGGCACCCCAUGGCUCCAUGAAAUGAAAGCUGUCAUCUCGACGUUCCACCAAUGCGUGAAGUUUCCGAUACCCUCUGGAAUUUUCACCUUACGUGGAGAUCAAAGAAUGACGAGAUCAUGUUUCCUCCGCGAGCGCAAGCUCCGCACCGCGUCGUCCUGUAUGAUAACCGAGCCAGUAUCGGACGACGAAACCGACGAGUCCAACGCAAUAAAACGAGCCGUCGCGACGCAGAAUGCAGAUCCCCCGAUCCAUCGGCAAAGGAACUCCGAGCCCGCCUGGAAAUCCGACUUAAGGUCCAGCUUUAGCACUAAACACAAGGAUCUCUCCGAUCUAUUCGAGAUGGAGCAACUCGAGGACGAACCGCUACGAAGCUACCUGAACAGAUUCAAGAGCGCGCUGCUCGACCUCAGGGACAUUCCGGGAGCACCCCCAAUCGCGGAACCGGUACUCGUCCAAGCCCUCGGAAACGGACUUCGAUACGAAUCCGGAUUCUGGGAAGAUAUCCGCAUCCGCCCCUCCCCAACUUUGAAGGACGCCUUCCUUCGCGCUGAGAAUUACAUCCGCCUCGAGCAAGACAUCCCGCAGCUACGGUUCGACCCCGAAGAUCCUCGGUUCCGGCUAAGAAACAAGAGAAAGUCAUCAUCCUCUCGCCCGGAGAAGUCCACGCAUAAAGCACCAAGGUGCCAUCACGAAUCUCUCCCUCGCCGAGACGACGCCCCUGUCUACGAGGCGAGACCAGGAGAAACAUGGAGAAUCGCGCGAAGACUGAUCGCCAUGCACCCCCGCAAUGCUCGUUCUCCGAUCAGGAGAUAUUCGAGAUCAUUGCCGAUAUUCGAAGAACUCCCCUGA